AUGUACUUUACCUUACCAAAGAGUCAGGAUAGACCUUCCAAUCCAUCGUUAUUAAAUAAGAAACCAAGCAAUAGCAGCAUCAUGUCCACCGAUUCAAAUGCAAUGGCAGAAGACCGUAUUACAGAAAUAAUCCAAAACCUGGAUGACCAUUGGGGAUCACCACCUAUAUUGACUCCAGACACACUGGCUCAUAUAUUGAAUCAUCAAUGGACAAACGAAGAACUGGUGAAUCAGGAAGAAAUUAAAAAAGUAUCCAAGGUAGCUGCAAAAGCAACGGUAGCUGCAAAUCGUGCGAUCCAGAACAAUAACAAAGCUGUAUCCACAUUAAUAGAGGAAGUUUGCAGAACAAUACAGUCUAUGGAUUCAGAGGGCAAGCACGAUGUGACCAAGGAUUUAAAGAGCGAUCCAGUCAUUCAAAAGUUCAUUGCUGAUAAAGAGGCAGCAUCGGCAUCAGCACCACCGUCAGCAGCAGCAGCAGCAGCAGCAGCAGCAAUAGUAGUAGGGAAUGAAGAACAUGUCAUGCAGCAUCUCAUCGAACUAUUACAGCAACACAACAUGAACAACGAGAAGAAGGUAGAUGCUGAAUCAACAUGA